UGCCUCCUGACAGCGACCACAGAGGAUCUACAACACCAUGAUUUGAGGCUAUUGUCAUCUCCAACAAUGAGGAGGCAUGAUGCAGAUCAAGAACAUAAUUAAUUAGUGCUGUUUGGGUCGGAGCCUGAGGUCCUCUGUUCCUUGGCAGACGCGACUAGGUACGGGUACCAAAGGGGAGUACUUCUCACUAGACACACAAUUAGGCCUGAUCGACAUGAAUCUAUUCCGGCGUCCGGUCUUCUUCUCGAUUUCGCGUUAUCCCUUCGAAAAUUGUCUACGUCGCGGUCAACACCACAGACAGAUCGCGACUACCACGCGACUCGCACGGCUGAAUCCAGAAAAGUCCCAAUGAGUGUCACUCCGGAAGACGCAUCGAACGUACCCAUAACCACCAUCCGCCCUGACUCGUUCUGGGGCUUAUUCCGCAACUCCCGAGUCGUCACUUCCAUCGUGCAUCUGUCUGCAGAUAUGGGCUUCCUCAAUGCGGUUGUAACGCAUGUUGCGCCUGUGUUUAUUGUCACAUCACCCAUAACCUCAUAUGCCGACCAGAUCUACUCCAUACACCGCACCCGCACCUCAGCAGGCUUCUCUCUUGAUAUCCCUCUCAUCAUGCUUGUCGCGUCAAUACUGAAGUUGUUCUGGUGGCUUGGCUCUCGAUUCGCCUACUCCCUCCUGCUUCAAGCAAUAUUGAUGAUACUGGUCCAAGUUGCUCUGCUUCAAGUCGCUCUCACAUACCGCGCUCCUCCUUCGCAUCUACCAUUCCAACAACAGCAAACUCGACGACCAUACGACUUCUGGCAGUGGAAAGCCACCCGGCCAUACUGGGCCUUUCUCACCUCCUAUACCGGCGCACUCCUCGUGCUGCAGAUAGUCUUGGGCAGCUUCUCGUCCUAUACAACGGUGCAGGGAUACGCCGCACUGGCAACGGAGGCAAUGCUUCCUAUUCCACAACUUUUGUCCAACUACCAGCGCAAGAGCUGCAAGGGGUUCCGGUUCUCGGUCCUUGUCAAUUGGCUAGUAGGAGAUGCAUUCAAGAUGUGGUUCUUCUUCGCUUCUGGCUCAGGAGAGGGUGGUGUGCCUUGGGCCUUCAAGCUGGGUGGCGCGUUUCAAGCCAUGUGUGACUGCGGUCUAGGGAUUCAAUAUUGGAUGUACGGAGAGGGCACGGAGGAUGCGACUCUGGAGAUAGAGAAGGGGUACGAAUGAGUAGUCUACAAGAGGGAGACGCGGGCGACAGAAGUACUUUUUUGUAUAGUACAGCAUAGCGUGGAGUUGGGGCAUACACUGCAUGGUAUUGUCGGGCUUAGAUAUUGAAGAGCUGCCGCAUGUUCAGCUAUGAUUGUAAGGCGGGCACUUGGCCCAGAGAUUAGAGACAUGGAACAUAAUACACAAAGAGUGCAGAUAAAGACGUCUCGUUUGCAGC